AUGUCGACUCAAUCACACACCCCGUUACCCCAGGUCGGGAAGCUUGUGAGCGUGGUUCCUGUUGGUCUUAAAGAAGCUGCCCUCGACUCGCCAACCUUUCGCGCUACCACCCUCCACUUCUGCGACCAGAUCGACUUCAUCGAGAAAUGGCUUGACGGAUAUGCUAGAGCCGCAACUAAACUCACCUCUGAGGUCCUGACUCUAGAGAGUGUAGUCGGCGGUUUCCUGUCUUACUCCACUCACCCCUUGGUGGUCUCUGAAGCUGUUGUGGACCAUGACUAUACUCUAUUGGCGAUGCGGAGGAAUGGGGAGAGCUCGAAGGACCUGUGGCAUGGCUUGGUGGCAACAAUCAAGAAAAUGGAGUCAUUAAUCGCCGAGCCGAUCCGGACCUUCAUCCAGGAAGAUCUACGGCAAUUCAAAGAUACUCGUCGCGCCCUUGAACAUGCACAAAAGCAAUUUGAUUAUCUGCACGCACGGUACGCCUCGCAAUCGAAGUCAAAGGAUACAUCCACUCUCAGGGAGGAAGCAUUCCAGCUUCACGAGGCCCGCAAGGCGUAUUUGAGAGCUUCCAUGGACUUCUCUGUCCAAGGACCCCAGCUUCGAAAUGCACUUGAUCGACUCCUUGUUCGAGUCUCCUUUGACCAAUGGCGAGAAGUGCGAGGAUUUCACAACAACAACGCUGCGACCUUUUCCAAGUGGGCGCAUGAGAUGGACCGUAUCAAAGGAUGGAUUCACGAGAUGGAAGCGAGUGAUAGAUCCUCCAAACGAGAGCUCCUCUCGACAAGAAAACAGAUCGAAGAAGCCGCUGAACUUGUUGCAAGACCUUCCCGGGAAUUAGAGGAUUAUUCCGUUUCCACUGUGCCUUACCUUGGCUCUCGUCCCCUCUCAUCUCUCAAUAUGAGCAAGGAAGCCAAGCCAGAAAAGCAGGGCUGGCUCGGCUUGCGGACCCUCUCUGGCAAACCCACUCGUACGGUAUGGGUGAGGCGCUGGGCCUUUUUGAAGAAUGGUAUAUUUGGAUGUCUUAUCCAAGGAGCCCGUACUGGUGGCGUCGAAGAAAGUGAAAGAAUAGGCGUGCUGCUUUGCAGUGUUCGUCCUGCAUUCCAGGAGGAACGACGGUUCUGCUUUCAAGUGAAGACUAAAAAUAGCAGCAUAAUCCUGCAAGCUGAGACACAAAGGGAGCUGAUGGAGUGGAUUGGCGCCUUCGAGGCUGCUAAGCAAAAAGCCCUCGACAAUCCAAGUAGUACAGAUCUGUCCGUAUCUGGAAAGAUGACUGUGCAGGACCCUGCGUUUGCGAUCUCACAGCCUCCUGCUCCCGAGUUUACUGCAGAUCCAAGUGAUUCCCUCACACCGCAUCCCAACGACGAGUCAAGCUCUGCGGAUCGCAGCGCAACCCUGCCAGUGCCAGAUCGAGAUGGGAUUGCAUUCAGGGCUAGCACCGAGGUGGGUGGUCGGCGACUUACAGGUCAUGAUGCCGAAGGCUCUACGAGAGCACACAUCAUUCAGAAACUGGACCUUCAUCGCAAGUCAAACAAUGCUCCUCCAGCUUCACCCUCAAUUCCUGGCCCGGCGGGUGGCAUCGCUAGUCUCAUUUCGGCUAGCCAUAAUAUUCUCCCUUAUAAUGGCGCCAAUUUCGUGAAUGCGAAAGACGGAGACGGGACCCGGGGUCGCAGCAUGAGCACUCUAGAGGAGCCCGGAGCAAGCCUCGCCCCUCCAACUCUCGCCAACCCACCUGCCCCAACAAGUAUGAGCAAGGCUGCAGUGGUUGUGAGCAGCGAAAGGGGCAUUGGACUAGGGCGGUUGGACAACACGGGUGGUAUGCCUAGUGGUAUGAUGGCAAACCUUUGGGGAAGUUCUAAUUGGGGCUUCAUCAAUAAGUUUGAGCUGGAAAAGCCUCAGCAAGUCAACGGAGAUCAUGAUCGGCCUACAUCCCCAAUGAGUGAUUCCUCUACCAGAACAAUUGCUGCGCAAAUCGAUCCUCCAAUAACGUCACACGAUACCAAUACACCGUCUGGCCCCCGCCACAGGCAGACUGUGAGCCUCGAUGGAGAAGCUGCAGCUAAAAUACAACAAGCUGCCCAGAGUGCUGUUAAGAAAACUCCCCAGACCCAGUAUCCGGCUAUCUAUCCACAGCAACUCAAGAUUCAAGAUGCUCAAUUCCGGCUGUUAUUCCCCGAUGUCAAGAGAGAGGAGGCGCUAGUUAUGGUUUUCAGGGCAACCUGGAGUCCCAAUGACCAGCAGGAAUUCCCCGGCAGAGCCUAUGUCACAACUAGGAACGUCUAUUUCUACAGUCAUCACUUCGGGCUUGUGUUGACCACAAGUGUUGGACUAGACAACAUCAAAGAAGUCACAGCUGCCACAGGAAGAGACUGCGAUUUCCUUUUCCUUCAUACCAUUCCCCCUCUUGGAAGUGACACCCCUGGUCGGGUCACCGUUAAGACUUUCCUCGAGCCACUGAGGCUUCUUCAGAAACGCUUGAACUUUUUGAUCCAAGGGUCAAUUGCUGUUGAGCAACUGAGCCUCGAGGAGCUCCUGAAGGAGUUGAUAAAAAUGGACAGCGGAACUGCAAAGAGAACUUCAAGCGCAGACAGCUGGGAGGAUGUUGAAUCCGACGCUAGGAAUGGGGGGCAUCUUGCAUCUAUGGGCAAGGACUUCCGCGCUCCCAUUUACAUCGACAAGGAUAUUGAUCUAGACAGGGGUCAAGGUGGGCGUGGGAGAGAUAUUCCCAAAUUCAGACUUCCUACCCAGCCUGUGGAAUAUGUUCCUCAAGGAGACCUCUUCCUCACGACCGAGAAGACACUUGAUGUCAGUCCCAAGGCAUUAUUCCACAUUCUCUUUGGAGACAAGAGCGCGGUAUGGCAACUCUUACUUCAUGAAAGACAAGCACGAGACAUCAAGCAAGGCCCCUGGACAAGCAAUGAAUCACGACAUCUUCGGCGAGACUUCACGUACAAAAUCGCGACGACAAGCAUUCUUGGGAACACCCAAGAUAAUAUUAUUUCCGACUACCAGAUCAUCGAUGUGCUCAACGAUCAUUUGUGCUAUGUGAUUACCGACAAGCGAACUCCAUGGCAUCUUCCAUUCCGACGAAACUUCCGGCUGGUCAGCAAGGUUGUAAUCACCUUUGUUGCCAAAUCCAAGAGCAAGCUUGCUAUCUAUACCAAAGUCGAGUGGCUCAAGUCCCCUUACGGUCUAAGAAAUAUGAUCGAAAAGAGGGCGGGUAACGAUCUAGAGGAGGAUGCCUUGGAUCUGGUUGAUCUGGUGAGCGACCAGGUACGACGCUUGGGCGCACAUAGCCGCACAAAGAAGGCUAUCACUAUUUUCGGUCACGUUGGACGCCAGAACAACGUUUCUCAUUUCAAUGGCGUCGGAGUCGAUUUGAAAAUAGAACCCCGGAAGCCCCGAGUCCAGCGCACUUUGCCCCAACUUAUGACCGAGACAACAUUGUCCUUCUUGGAAAGCACCAUAUCACUAUUCAUGAUGUGGUCUAUCGAUGCCGUUCGCUGGUCAGUGAAGACCGUGAGUGCACACAAAAUAAUAUUGGUGCUGUUGAUCAGUAGCGUGCUCAUGAAUGGUUUCUACUCUUCCCGAGAUACUUGGGAUUGGUGGCAUGAGCGACACGCAAGGAACUUCAUGGCUAAGCUUGGCGUGCAGCCUGAUAUGGUGAUGAGCAAAGCCAUCUACAUCCGUGACAUCGAUGAGGCGGUCGCGAAUACGACAAUGUGGGCUCAUACUGGGAAUGCAAGCAAUUGCUUUGGGGCUUUCCAUGAGCAUACCCUCCGACAUGCAGAGCUUCCUCUAUCCCUCAGCACCUCGGGGCCCCGAGAUGCAGUGGCCAAGAGCGCUGCAAAAAGAUUCCAGCAGACUCGUGAACGCCUUGGAACCUAUCGACACAAUCUUUUAGUGGGAUUGCGCGUGGUGAAUGGCAUCGAGAAGGAAGUCAUCCAGACCGAAUGGGAGCGCUGGCUUGGUGAAGAGCUUCGGCGUUGUCGUCAGGUCGAAAUUCUUCUUGGUGGUGGCAGUGACGAGGGCGAGAAAGACGCGCAAGCCCGACGCGUCUUCGCCGAAAACACGGACAGCGUCAAGCAAUGGUAUGACAGGUAUUGUACCAGCUGUCGACAGGAGCAAGAUCUGGUUCAAAAGAACGAUAACUUGCUACUUUGA